AUGAAGAAAUUUUGUAUACUCCUUUCAUCUUUGUUUAUAUUUUCGUUUUUUAAUUUAUCUGAAUGUAUGCUGCCGUGGACAAAAAAAAGGAAAGCAGUAAAUCAAAUGGGAAUUAUAAAAGAUAUGUCGAAGGAGCUUAAGAAUAAAGCUGAAAUGCUCCCAACCUCCGAAGAUCUAUCAAACAAAAUUCACAAAUUAGAUAAAGAUAUCAUAGAAAAGUUGAACAAAGAUAUAACUGAUGAAGAAAACUUGGAUAAACACAAACCACACGUUUGUCAAGAACCCUCAUACGAAAGGGAUUAUUCUUACUUAUGCCCUGAAGAUUGGGUAAAGAAUUCCAAUGAUCAGUGCUGGGGAAUAGAUUAUGAUGGUCACUGUGAAUCGUUAAAAUAUUUUCAAGAAUAUUCGGAGGAAGAGAAAAGAGAAUUUGAAAUGAAUUGCUGUGUCUUAUGGCCUAAGUUAAAAAAGGGAGCUAUGGAAAGAACGAAGAAAAAGGACAUUUUAAGGGGAUCGAUAAGUUCUAACAAUGGACUUAUCAUAAAACCGAAAUAUUUGUAA